AAGGAGAUUUCAGAUACUUUCCAAGAAGUUCCGAGAGGAGAAAUAACCGGGACGUUGUCAUCUCAGCCUCCCUUUAGAUCCCUCAGCUUACGAGAAUUUUAUAUAUUUUUUUUUUACCAAAAUUUUCCGUUUCGAAGAAGCAACUUUAUUCUUUUAUUUUUAGCAUUUUCAACAAGUUUUACAAUUUUUUUUCUUUUUUUUACCAAAAUUUUCCACCUGAAGGCAAAAGUUUCUCGUUUCUACUUUCUAAGAAGCAACUUUUUUAUUUUUAAGAAAUUUUAAUUUCUGAAAAGAAGGAAAAAAAGAAUUUAAUUCCUGGAACGAUGGACUUUUAGAAAAACAUUUUUAGCCUCAAUUUUUUUUUUCUUGUAGGAACAUCACAAAGUUCUCAAGAACAUUUACAAAUUUUAUUUUUAAUUUUUCGGGAAGAUGACCUGUUGGGAGGUCCUCCUGCGCGUCGGUGUUUUUGCUGCCGCUUGGGUCCACGUGGUGCUGGCGGCUUUUGGAGAAAGAUCCCCGGCCGGCUACAAGGAGGAGAUUGUGUUUCCGGAAAAGCAGAACUCCAGCUUCCGCCGGGACUGGCCCGGGGACGAGGGCUCCUCGGAGAACCACCUGAGGUUCCGCUUCCGGGCUUUCGGAGAAGAGCUGGUCCUGGAUCUGGAGAGGGACCCCAGCUUUCUCUCCGAGGACCUGAUGGUGCAGUACUUGGGCAGGAACGGGCAGUCGGACGCCAGCGGGCUCGCCGAGUCCGGCAGCUACUUCACGGGGUCCGUCAAUUCCCACCCGGAGUCUAUCGCGGCGGUGAACUACAACGGCGCCUCGCUGCUGGGGGUGCUCCAGUACAGGGGCUCCGAGUACCACAUCCAGCCGUUGGAAGGAGGAGGGCAGAACAGCGCCGAGGGCGCGGGGGCGCACGUCAUCCGGAGGAAGGUCACGGAGAAGGGCCACGGGCCUAUGUGCAACGUGGGGCCGCAGGUUGCCAUGCAGGUGACGGGAGAUGCCAACGGCGGCAACGGUUACGGCGCAAACAAGAUGGCGUCCUCCAAAAGAUCUAAGCGUUUUGCAUCGCUGCCCCGUUACGUGGAGACUUUGGUGGUUGCGGAUGAGACGAUGGCCACCUUCCACGGAGCGGGCCUCAAGAGGUAUCUGUUGACCGUCAUGGCGGCUGCUGCCAAAUUCUUUCGCCACCCGAGCCUGAAGAACCCGGUGAAUGUGGUGGUGACGCGGCUGGUAGUGAUCGGGCGGGCCGACAAGUCCAACACCUACGGGGGGCUGAAGAUGACCUCCAAUGCCGCUGAGAUGUUGAGGAACUUCUGUGAGUGGCAGAAGGGGCUGAACAAACCCAAUGACUCUGAUUCAGAACAUUUCGACACGGCCAUCCUCUUCACCCGCCAGAAUCUUUGUGGAGUAUCCACCUGUGACACACUUGGCAUGGCUGAUGUUGGUACAGUUUGUGAUCCAUCAAGGAGUUGUUCCAUUGUUGAGGAUGAUGGUUUGCAGUCUGCUUUUACUGCUGCUCAUGAGCUAGGCCACGUCUUCAACAUGCUCCACGACAACUCCAAACCUUGCAUUGAAAUCAACCGCCCGGCCAGCAAUACCCGUCAUAUGAUGGCACCCGUUAUGUCCUACGUAGAUCCAGAAGAGUUGUGGUCACCAUGCAGUGCCAAAUUCAUCACUGACUUCUUGGACAUCGGCAACGGUCACUGUCUUUUGGACAAGCCUUCAGCCCCCCUCCGCCUGCCAGUCCCAUUCCCUGGAAACGACUACGAUUCCGACCGCCAGUGCCAGCUAACUUUUGGUGCCGAAUCUCGGCACUGCCCAAACCUGCACACCCCCUGCUCCUCUCUAUGGUGUACCGGGAGGAUCGAUGGGCACUUCAUGUGCCAAACCAAGCAUUUCCCCUGGGCGGACGGAACGCAAUGCGGAGUCGGGAAGACUUGUAUGAACGGCCGGUGUAUCAGCAAAGUGGAGAUGAAGGCCUACAACACUCCGACGAAUGGCGGUUGGGGUCCUUGGGGUCCAUAUGGCGGAUGCUCGCGGACGUGUGGUGGUGGAGUUCAGUUCUCCCACCGCGAAUGCAACAAGCCGGUCCCGAGAAACGGCGGGAAGUACUGCGAAGGGAAGAGGACUCAGUACCGCUCUUGCAACACACAGGAGUGCCCAACCGGCAAUGCGAUGACCUACAGAGAGCAGCAGUGUGCCGUCUACAACCACCGGACAGACCUCUUUAAGGGUUUCCCAUCGCCCAUGGACUGGGUGCCCCGCUACAACGGAAUCGCAGAGAAGGACCAGUGCAAACUCACCUGCCAAUCACGUCCUUUGGGCUACUAUUAUGUCCUGGAGCCCCGGGUGGCGGAUGGGACUCCAUGCUCCCCGGACUCCACUUCUGUAUGCGUACAGGGGCGCUGCGUCCACUCUGGCUGCGACCGAGUCAUCGGGUCUAAGAAGAAAUUCGAUAAGUGCAUGGUGUGCGGCGGGAGCGGCUCAGCCUGUACCAAGACUUAUGGAUCCUUUACAAAACCACGGUAUGGCUACAAUGACGUGGUCACCAUCCCAGCAGGUGCCACAAAUAUUUUGAUACGUCAGAACAGCGGGUCAUCCUCAACGAGCGACGGGGUCUACUUGGCCUUAAAAAGACAAGAUGGAACCUACGCCCUCAAUGGAAACUAUAUCCUGGUGCCAUCAGAAGUGGACGUUAACAUUGGAGGAGGGUUAACUGUACGGUACAGUGGGGCCACCAAAGCUAUGGAAACCAUUGUUGGACGCGGACCCCUGAAAGAGUCCAUUACUAUCCAGGCCUUGGUUGUCAGUGACCAGAGAGCCCCACGUCUCAAAUACACCUUCUUCGUCCCCAAACCAACUACCAGGUCCAUACCAGCCAAGAAACCGGCAGAAGACUGGAUGAAACGGAGGGCACAGAUACUCGAAAUUUUGAGGAAGACCAGAAACAGCCGCAAAUGAUCGGUAGAAGAUGUACUGGGACAUUUAUGUCUCGAUUCAGAGAGACAAGCUAGCACAUUCCAACCUAAUUUCUUUUUAGGUAGGAAGUUUAAGUGUUUUUCGCAGGCAGCAUCUUCAAGCUAUGCAUAUAAAGAACUGGACAGUACCACCUUUCACAAAACGUUCUCGAAAAAUAUCAAGAGCUGAAAUUAAUGGGCGACAUCCUGUAAAACCAUUUAACGGGCCAGCUUUGCAGCCAAGAUAUUAAGAAAUAUAUUGCAAAAGAGAGGUGAACAGAGGUGGUACAGAUGGUCUUGCCAAAAAAAAGCAUCAACGGACUGUUGUAUAGCUCGAAAAAGAAACAAAGGAAGGCCACCUGGACUCAAAGUAGACAUUGUUGAGUCUUUAAUAAGCCCGUGCUGUUGGCUGGUCCACCACAGGCGGCUCCCCUUUGGACUUUUCCCCUUUUGUCCUCAUUUGGCCAACUGUUAUCUUAUUGCCAAUGGACUUUGAACUACAAAGAUGAACUGGUGACCACAAAGACAGUCUUCCAUGAACUUUGAGAGUUAUAUGUGGUCACCGAAGUGUUCGAAAAAAAAAGGGGUUUGCCGUUGCUGAGGCAAUCAAAAAAAUUCAGCGUCAAACUCUACGGUAGCUUGUAAGAGGAGUUGAUUCCUCACUAUGGACUGAAAGUAGGGUCUGGAUACCCAUAUUAUUUAAUAGGAACAUAAAAUAAUUAGCUAGGAUAACUUUGUUGAUAACACAUCCCUGAUGGACAGCCUGGGGUCCACAAAAUCGAUAAGCUCUUCCCGUUCUGGAAUUCUCUUUUUAAGAGGAACCGGAAGAAGGGUUUGUGUUUUGGGAAUAGCUUUUCCUAGGCGUAGAAGUGAUCGAUGGGGGGGGGGGUUUGGAUGGACCUUGUUCGCUACCGUAAAGCCCAGCAUGAACAACACCUGGCGGUUCUGGCUAGACACUUGGUGCUGCUUAGUCACAGCAUGAGGUUCAAAAUCCAUUCUAAUUUAUAUGUCCGUUGUGCCUUAUAUAGUCUUCGAACGUGAGAUCUGGUGCUAAACAGGGCUCUCUCCAUCCUAAUCCAGCCUAGGUGGUUCUUUGCAGAUCUGCAGGUGAUCCUUUUAAAGGAACAUUGGACUAAGUUGUACAUCGAGGCUGGAGGGCCGAUGGAGAUCCUUGGUUUAUCCUCCUGUAAGGCCCAACAUGAACAACGCCUUGCGGUUUCGGCCAGACACUUGGUGCUGCUUAGCCACAGCAUGAGGUUCAAAAUCCAUUCUAAUUUAUAUGUCCAUUGUCCCUUAUAUAGUCUUCGAACGUAUGAUCUGGUGCUAAACAGGGCUCUCUCUAUCGUAAUCCAGCCUGGGUGGUUGUUUUGUAGAUCUGCAGGUGAUCCUUUUGAAGAACAUUGGACUAAGUUGUACAUCGAGGCUGGAGGACCGAUGGAGAUCCUUGGUUUAUCCUACUGUAAGGACAUAAGAAAACUUACUCUGGUGCUACAGAAACUCGAAAAACUGAAAAUUGUAUCAUACUUACCGUAAUUUUCCUUUCCUGGUGCCUAUCCGUGGCAGCAUACCUGUGAUAGA